AUGGAUGAUCAGACAAUCAAUGGAUCGGAAAAAAUACCAUUCCAAUCGCCGUCUUUAAGGAUUUCAGACGCGCCUAAAAGUCAAAGUUAUAAAGCAAAUUUUUUUGAUGGAGUGUAUAUUAGAAGUAAUUCUCUUAUUUCGUCUAAUGCAGAGACGAACUCAGCUAGCAACUCAAACUCGCAGUGGGAUAGGGAUUCGGUUUUUAUGCACCCGAAUCAUCCUCAACAAACUCGCAUAAUUGCGGCACAAAAUAGGCGUCAUCCUGCAUCUCAGGGUAAUUCGGAUCCGAGCCCAUGCGGAAAAUCUCGAUGUAAUAAAUUAUUGAUCUCAGACAAGCGCUCUCUUGGAACAAUAUUUUAUUCUGAAUCCGCUCCCAACGACGUUCAUGACAAAAGGACAGACUUGUUUAAUCAACUCCACGAUGCAAAUCGGAUAAGUUGUCUAAGAGGAUCAGACACUGAGCUCUAUAUAAAGAAUAAACGACUAUAUUUCAAUUCAUUUUCUUCCAAUACGGGUGAUGGUUUAUCUGAAGACAAUGCCAAUCAGAUUCCUUCCAGACAAUCGCUAGAUUAUGCAGUUUCACCUUUUGGGUCUUCCGAGAGCUCAAGUGUUACUCUUCGGCUUCCUCCAUCUGAAAGCCAACUUUCCCUUCCCGAACCCCCAGAUGGUGGAUGGGGUUGGGUUGUCGUUGUUGCUGCCUUUUUUGUCCACUUAAUUACUGACGGUGUCUCUGUGUCUUUCGGCAUCUUUUUGGAAGAUCUGAUGGCUGAUUUUGAUGAAAAGAUGAGCACCACUUCUUGGGUUGGCUCGUUUGCCUAUGGCAUUCCUAUGCUUUCUGCUCCUAUUUCCACUGUCCUUAUAAAUAACUUCGGCUGCAGAUUCGUUUGCAUUCUUGGGGGAAUAAUUAGCGCUCUCGGAUGCGUCGCUGGAUAUUUUGUUCAAUCAAUACUUGGUCUUAUAUUUACGUUCGGAGUUCUGUCUGGAAUUGGGUCUGGUUUCAGCUUGACCGCUGCUCUUAUAAUAGUUUCGGUGUAUUUUGACGAUAAAAGAGCAACCGCUACUGGUUUGUCUAUUGCUGGAAUGGGUAUGGGAGCAUUCCUAUUUGCACCACUUGUUGAUCUUCUUAUCAAUCUCUACACCUGGCGUGGUACUAUGCUCAUACUAGCGGGUUGCUUUCUUCAUCUUGUCGUAUGCGGUGCCUUAAUGCGUCCUGUGGAGACUAGUACCGAACGGCGUCAUCGUACUAGAUUAGCCUGGCUUGAACACUUCGCUCGAGAAUCAGGCUUCCCACCCCUCAACGACUGUCAUGAAUAUAAGUCUCAAGAUACUUCUGGCCGGAUAAAACUUCUUCGUGAUCGUCUACUUGCUCCAAGAAGCCUCAAACCAGCCCUAUCCCAUUGCUCUUCAUUUCCUGAAGAAUUGGAUUUACCCUGUAUAUUGAAUCCAGCACAUUGUCUAGCAUGUGAAAGUAAGACUCUGACCCAUCAACCUUUGACCACUGAACCCCAUAUACUCUCCCCAAGUCUUGAACCUUAUGCC